GUAACUCUCAGAGACUACAGCCGGUGUCCAUCUUUUUUCGUUUGGUUCGUCGUUCCUUGGUUUGGUGUUGGCUCUUGAUAAUUAUUUCCGUGAAAGUUUUCGAGCUUGCGCUUUUCUCGACCAGUUGACAGUCUCGUGGUGCAACAUUUUUUAUGCCACUUUGCACUUGAUUUUCGAAGUUUCGCCUGGCUGACGCAAAUGCCCGCGUAAACUCGCGCUCUGGGUUUGGUGCAAAUUUUUGUUUUUGGCAAUUCUUUCUGAGUUCCCAAUACCACUGGAGUGUACAAGGUGGAGUGCAUGGCCAGUCCGGAGGUUAUUGACUCCUCCGGAACGAUGGACUCAGGUUUCAACGACGACCUCUCUGCACCUCAAGGCUGGACUAAGAAGCUCAUGCCAAAGAAGGCCGGAACGCCGAAGCGAAAGGAUGUAAUCUACAUCGCUCCUGAUGGGGAAGAAAUCAAGAACAAGAAGCAACUGGACAAGUAUCUGAAGGUGCAUCCUGGCGGCCCAUCAUCGGCCGAUUUCGACUGGAGUACCGGCGAGACACCAAGACGGUCUGCCAGGCUGAGCAGUAAGGGGAGGUUGUCAAGCGAUAGUACAGACACAGAGCCAGUCACGAAGAGGUCGAGGCGAAGUUUGGAGGACACGAAGGAGGUGCGCUCGCCGGGUACUAGUACCACUCCUUCACGGAAAGGCAGGAAGUCGCAACCUCUUGUGGACACCGCGGGAAAAGAUGAGGUGAUGCAAGAAGCGGAGAAAGACCAGGAUGAAGGUGUAACUGAAGGAGCCACAGCCCCAUCAGGUGACACGGAGGAUAAUAAUCCUACGGACGAAGGGAAGAAAGUUGAUGAGGAUGGAAUAGACGAUGAAGCCAAAGCAGCUGUAACAGGGAACGAUGUCAAAGAAGCGAAUCCGACAUCAGAGGUCCAGUCUGCGAGUGAACCCUCUGACCAGUUGGGCUCCUCCGAGGAGCCGGAUAGCGCCGCUGUCAAGGAACGGCGACGACGAGACAAUCUCCAAAGCAACGGUAGACAAAAAGAUGAGAAGCAGAACAAAGGCUCAAGCAAAAGUACACCGGGAGAAGGGUUUGAUAUGAGCGUGCGAGGAAGAGAACCUUGGAACGCAACUGAUUCCUCUCAUGUCCUGGCUGUGAAAACUGCCCUACAUUUAUCAGCAAUGCCAGAAACAGUUCUUUGCCGGGAGUCAGAACAGACUUGUGUUAUUGACUUCUGCAAAACGUGCAUAGUCGAGCAACGACCCGGUAGCCUUUACAUAUGUGGCUGUCCCGGAACCGGAAAGUCAUUGAUCAUGGAAAAAAUAAGGUUUCUCUGUAACACAUGGAGUAUGCAGGCUGGUACCUUGGCCCCGGAGAUUGUCGCCAUCAAUUGUACUACCCUCACAGAUCCCAGGCAAAUUUACUCGAAGGUUUUGCAGGCACUCAACGCCACCCUUGAUACUGGUGAAACACCUAAUAGUGAUUCGAAAUUGAAGGAGCUAAGAAAACUUGUAUGUGAUACUUCUAAAACAAAGAGUUCCAAGAAGAUGAUGCUUUUGAUUGUCGAUGAGAUGGAUUAUCUCAUAACUCGAGACCAGUCUGUUCUAUAUGAUUUGUUCCGUUUACCCUCUUCAGCAAAUUCCCGAUGCAUAUUGAUAGGUAUUGCGAACGCAAUCGACCUUACAGAUCGAUUGUUACCUAAACUUAGAUCUUUAAAUUGCAAAGUAGAUGUGAUCACCUUUCCUGCAUAUACGAAAGACCAAAUAUUGGAAGUUUUACACCAAAGAUUGAAGGACCUUCCCUACCUUGUGUUUAAGGAUGCAUCCUUGGAGCUAUGCGCUAGAAAAGUGGCUGCUGCAACAGGCGACAUGAGAAAAGCGCUCCAUGUUUGUAGGAACGCUAUUGAUAUAAUUGAAUCAGAAGCUCAUGAGGUUACGGAUGAAGUUAAAAGUAUUCUAGUCGACGAAGAGGAAAGAAGACGCAAUGCGCCUGAUUCGAUCGACACCAAACUCAAGAUGCGGGAGAAGAAUUUGGGCUUGGUGGGACUUGAUACUAUGGCACUAGCACUCUCCCGGAUUUUCCGCUCUCCGGUUGUCGAAACCAUCCAGGCUUUACCUAGACACCAGCAAAUGGUGUUGUGUGCGGCUGUUACUUGCUUCGGACGUGCAAAGAAAGAUGCUACUUUGGGAGAGCUGAAUUUAGCUUACAGGGUAUUUUGCAAGUCAAUGGGGAUGCAGACAUUAACAGCACCAGAGUUUUCAAGUAUUUGUCAGGUUCUUGCGGAUCAGGCCUUGUUGAACUUGGGAACAAACAGAGAAGACCGCCUUCGAAGAGUUACCCUAAAAGCAGAUCAAGACGAUGUGAUUUCUGCUCUGAAGGGUAUACGGUUUUUCUCGAACUUAUUUCGAUAAAUUUUUUGGAAUCAUAGAAGAUCAAGAGCAGCGGGCAUUUAAACCUUACCGGCUGAAGUUGAUAGCAUUAGACACCAAUUUUACGAUCUUGGCAUGUCGUACAUCGAGUUGCAAUAUCUGCCGGUUGUGUGCGGAGUUUGUGAAUUUUCGAGGGAACUACUGUACUAGUACUACCGGGUAGAGCUGUGCAAAGAAAAAACCUACGUCAGGUUUAGUCGAUCUCACAUGUCUACCAGAAACUUCGACGGUAUCCUAUGCAAGAGGUGCGGAAGUUGAACAAAUACGAAGAUUUUACUGAUUGUUUU